AUGCGACCUAAGUCUAGUUUAAUUUGGAGAUUUUUUAAUCAAGUUAAUGCAGAUUCCGCAAAAUGUAAACAGUGUGAUAAAACCUUUUCACGAAAAGGAGGUGGCACUACUUCGCUUAAACUUCAUCUUAAAUCAAAACACGGUGAUAAGUACGAAGAACUUUUGUUACUAGAAAAAGAUAUCCAACAAAUACCACAUACCACGAAACAGCUGACACCAUUACAAGAGUGUAAAAAACAGCUGUCAAUAACAGAUUCUUUAAAAAAUAAAGGCGCCUGGGAUGAAAGUAAUGUCAAGCAAAAAGAAAUUGAUAAAUUAGUAGCUGAAAUGAUUGCAUUACAAAACUUGUCAUUUAACUUUGUGGAAGGUGUCGGCUUCCAAAGAUUAAUGCAGGCAGCAUUACCACGCUAUCAUCUAAGAGGUCGGCAGUAUUUUACUAAUUUGCUGUGUACUGAUAUAUACAAUAAAAUUAAAUUAAAGGUGCUGGGAUUACUUAAGCAAUUUGAAAAGUUGUCAUUUACUACAGAUGUGUGGUCAGAGCCCAGCUCAAAUGUAUCGUUACUUAGUCUUACUGCUCAUGGCAUCACCAAUAAAUAUGAAAGAGUUUCUAUAAUACUCAAGUGUGAACAAUUAGAGGGUCGGCACACAGGUGAAAUUAUAGCAAAUAAUUUAAACAAUAUUUUGAAAGAUUGGGGCUUAAGCACGGAAUCAGUUCAUUGUAUUUUACGCGACAGAGGAUCUAAUAUGAUAAAAGCUAUGAAUAUGGCCAAUUUCACUGAUGCAAACUGUACUAUUCAUCAACUACAAUUAUGUGUGCGAUCAACGAUGGAAAUCGAAGAAUUUCUCUCGUCAGUAAUUACGAAGUGCAAGAAAAUUGCAACUCACUUCAAUCACUCCCUAAUCGCGCAAAAUGAAUUGAAACAAAUUCAAACAGAAAGACUGAACCAAUCAGGACUAAGUAUAAUUCAGGAAUGUUCCACACGAUGGAACGCGACGUAUUAUAUGAUGAAAAGAAUAUUGACAUUAAAAGACUCCUUAGUACUGUAUUCGGGCGCGCAUGAUAUACCAAUUCUUAAUGCUGAUGAAUGGCUCGACUUGAAAAAGUGUGUUGCAAUACUAAAGCCGUUCGAAGAAAUUACAAAGGAGUUAAGUAGUGCUACUGCAACAAUAGCAUCAGUGAUUCCAUUAAUAUAUACUCUUAAAAACACACUAGAAACAGAGAAGAGUAAAGAAGAGACUUCUGAGAACUUCAAAUUAAUGAUUACGAAAAUGAUCCAAGACAUCAAUGUCAGAUUUCAGGAUAUUGAAAAUAAUAAAAUAUAUACAAUAGCUACUUAUCUAGAUCCACGGUUUAAACUCAAGUUUUUUACUGAAAUUACGAAGGAACAGGUACAGUCUGAGAUUCUGGGGAUUCUUGGGUGUUCAAAAGCUUCUCGUGAUGAAGGUCCUUCUUCACCUAAGAGAUCACGGAAUGAGAUUCCGACAACAAGCUCAAGCAACUAUUCACACAUUCAAUCUUGUCUAGCUGAAAUAUUAAGCUUAAGUGACGAGGAAGAGCAAAACAUAGAUUGUGGUGAUGAUGUGCACAAUCAAUUUAUUGUUAAAAAGACAUUACUAAAUGAAUACAACAGGGAGAAACGAUUGACACUCAAUGAAGAUCCACUUUUAUGGUGGAAAAUGCAUACCAAGUACCAUUGCUUAAGUGAUUUAGUAAGACAGUACCUUUCUCCACCUCCUGGAAGUGUACCAAGUGAGCAGCUUUUCAGUGCAGCUGGGUUAAUUUAUGACCCCUUAAGAAAUCGACUUUCUGGUGAUAAGGCUGCGAAAUUGCUUUUUGUUAAGUAUAAUUUACCUUUGCUUAGUUUCGACUAUUAA